CCUAGAAACGAAAGUUCCAAGGUCCCUCUUCAAUGAAAAACAACUCAAAUACUAAAACUGUAAUACACAAGCUCAGUUUAAAAUUUUGCAACAUUAGUUCAGAUAUUGAAAAGUCUUCCAUCCUAGCACUUGAAAGUUCACUCCCAGAGCCGCUGCAAAAGCCUAUGAAUUCAAGGACAUUAUCACCUAGAGGGAAGAAGAUAUCAUCCUUACCUGUAACCCCAAUUGCUCAGUCAAAUCUUGAGUGUGAGCAUGGAGGGAACAAUAACAUUGCUACUCCAGCAACACAUAAAAAGGGACAGCAAUUACCAAUGCAUCGUUCUAAUUCAGUGCCCGUGAUUACCAAAGAUGGCACCACGUAUGCAGGUGGCACGAUUCGUAUUGUUCCUAGCACACUACAGUUGGCUGGGAGUAUUGCCACAACAUCUAUGAAGUCUCCACCUUCCCAUACUGUUGAAAAUGAGGAUGAGGAAAAUAUUCUUGAAGAAGAAGCUGUCUGCAGAAUUUGUUUGAUUGAAUUGGGAGAAGGUGUCGACACCCUUAAAAUGGAGUGCAGUUGCAGAGGUGUACUUGCACUAGCGCACCAAGAUUGUGCAGUUAAAUGGUUUAGCAUUAAAGGCAACAGAACAUGUGAUGUGUGCAAGCAAGAAGUUCAGAACCUACCUGUCACUCUUUUACGGGUUCCAAAUGUCCAUGCACUUAACUUGACAAGGAGCACAAAUCAACAAUACAGGGUUAGGCAAAAUGUUCCCAUUCUUGCCAUCAUCAAGAUGCUGGCAUACUUUUGUUUUCUUGAGCAGCUACUUGUUUCAAGUAUGGGAUCUGGUGCCAUUAUCAUAUCUCUCCCAUUUUCUUGUAUACUGGGUCUACUUGCAAGCAUGACGUCCACAACAAUGGUGAGGAGAAAACACAUUUGGGCUUAUGCAGUUGUCCAGUUUAUCAUGGUGGUUCUUGCUGGACGUCUUUUCUAUUCAUUGAUUCAUAAGCAAGCUGUUCUAUCUAUCCUACUUGCUGCAUUUACUGGGUUUGGAGCUGUUAUGUGUGGAGCUUAUAUUCUUAUUGAGUUUCUGAAGUGGAGAAGACAAUGGCUUGGUGAGUUGAACCAACAGCACGGUUCCCAAGAGGUGGUACAGCCUCCUCAAUCAUACUCAUCUGCAGCAACUCAUCAAGCUCAGACUGACUCUCAACACCAUCAAAAUAAUGUGAGAGACACUGCAGUGCGUGUGAACUGACAUGGAAUAUACUGUCAUUUUUUAUAUUAUUUCCUUGACUUCUGACAGCAUAAUGAUGUCUAUCUGUACAGAGUAUAAUGGGUAGAAUAGUUUGAGCACACUCAUGCUCUUCCUUUUUCGGAGUCUGGUACUCACGAAUACACAAGUAUCACUUGGUUUCUGACCCGUGACUCGAGAAAUAUAGAAGCCAAUUCUUCAAUAACUAUGGGGCUAUAUUGAACUUGCAUGGAACUUCUGAGCAAAUCCUACCGGUGAAAAUAUAAAGAAAGGUUGUGUUUAAAGUUAUACUGCAAUU